UCUCAGACAGAGCAGGGAGGAGGAGCAGAGAGGGAGGAGUCGAGAGGAGGUGGGAACUGUAGUCCAGGCAGCUGCAGAUGGUCGUCACAGUGAGUCGCAGAAGUUGUGAGAAAGUUGUACUGAUAAGGAAGAUGCACAUAACUGUUGUUGGAGCAGGAGUGAUUGGGCUCUCCACAGCAUUAUGUAUCCACGAGAAUUACCACCGCAUUGUACGACCUCUUAAGAUUGAAAUCUAUGCAGAUAAAUUCUCCCCACUCACCACCAGUGAUGGAGCAGCAGGGCUGUGGCAGCCAUAUUUAUAUGACAAUGGCAACACACAGGAAACCAAAUGGAACAAAGAGACUUUUGAUCACUUGCUCAAAUUUGUCCAUUCAUCGGAAGCUCCAAACAUGGGACUAUUCCUGCAAUCCGGUUACAAUAUCCUUAAGGAACCAGCGCCUGAGCCAUCCUGGAAGGAUAUUGUCCUUGGGUUUCGGCAUUUAACACCCGAAGAGCUAGAACUGUUUCCUGGCUACAGCUAUGGAUGGUUUAACACUGCGAUAAUGAUUGAGGGAAAACACUACUUACCAUGGAUGAUGAAGAGGCUGGAGGAGCGAGGAGUGAAGUUCGUUCAUAAGAGAAUUGAAAGCUUUGGUGAACUGGCUGUACAAGGAGCAGACGUCAUCAUUAACUGCACUGGAAUACGUUCUGGAGAGCUGCAGCCUGAUCCGGAAUUAAAACCAGGCCGAGGGCAGAUCCUAAAGGUGCAUGCACCUUGGAUGAAACACUUUAUUUUAACUCAUGAUCUGAAGACUGGUGUUUAUACCACACCAUAUAUUAUACCAGGCUCAGAGUCUGUCACAUUGGGAGGAAUUUAUCAGCUUGGAAACUGGAGUGAGGAAAACACUUCUGAGGAUUACAAGUGGAUUUGGGAAAACUGUUGUGAGUUGGUGCCCAGUCUUAAGAAUGCAAAGAUUGUGAAUGCCUGGGCCGGAUUGAGACCAACACGCAGCAAAGUGAGACUGGAGAGGGAAGCCUUUGUUUCUGGAUCUAUGAAGAGUCAGAUAAUUCACAACUAUGGCCAUGGUGGAUAUGGCCUAACAAUUCACUGGGGAUGUGCAAUGGAGGCAGCUAAGAUCUUUGGGCAGAUUAUUAAAGAAAGGAACCUUAAAAAGACUCCACAGUCUUCCCUUUGAUUUUGACACAAACAGAAAUUGGAUAUGAAACUCCCACAAAACAAGUUUUGAGCCUGAAGACCAAGUUUCUUGCAUACCAUAUUGGUAAAAACAUUCAAUCUGGCUAACUUGCUAGAAGUACAAUUUAACCUUAAAAUUUUGCAAUUCAUCGAGUAUAAAUUAAUAUUCACACGGAUUCACCCAAAAACAGCUUGACCUUUUGAUUAUCUUACAGUUUAACAUUCAGAUUAGUCCAUCUGAAAGUUAAAUAAGCUUUGUGCUAACUGACCUAUAAGAUUAAAAAUUCUCCAGAAGUUGACCUUGGACUGAUACAAAUUGGUAUGAAGCAGUUUAGUUAUCUGUCUAUGAAAUCAUCUAGUCCCUGCCUCCUGUUUAACCCUGUAGCCAUGUAAAUAACAUUGUUUAACAUCAGACAAUAAAAGGAUUGUACUUUGUUGUAAUAAA